AUGCACUGGGCGAUACCAUUGUAUGGAUAUGUGAUGCCAGUGAUUGUUAUGUUGACAUUGGCAACGAAUUCAUUCAUAGUAAUAGUGCUAUCACAUAAAUAUCUUCGAACACCGACAAAUUAUGUGCUGCUGGCGAUGGCCGUCUCUGAGUUGUUGACUGGACUGUGUGUGAUGCCAUGGUUUUUGUAUUAUUUCACUUUAUCGGGUGAGUUUAAUUUUAAUGUAUCAUUGGGUUUUGAAGCUGAUAUUAAGUAUGGCUUAUCAUCAUUUUGGUGCAAUACUGUACCAUAUAUGGCAGCUGUAAUUUUUGCUAUUUGCGUUGCAUCGGUUUUCAUGUAUAUACCCGAUGUUCUCGCCUUUGAAAAUGAAUCUCUAGAAGUUAUGGAUCACAAAAGAAAUGGUAACGGUCAUAUUAGGCAGACCACAAGGCGGAUGUGUUACCGGAGCCAGACAUGGCUGCCAAGAGCGAUAGGCUUGGAUUUAUUCUACAAUCUAACGUUUUGUGCUCAAACUGUGUUUGUGCACUUAAUUCCGUGCGCAAUGCUAGUGGUGUUCACAUGGAAACUCGUCCGGGCGAUACAGCUUGCCGAUAAGCGGCAUGCUAGUUUGCUCAGCAAGUGGGUAUUUCAAUAG